AUGGAGGACGAGACCGAUCAGAAGAUGCUCCUACUCAGCUCAUGUGGCAUCGACACCCUGCAACUCAGCAGAAGGGCAAUCCAAAGGGGGCCCACUUCCUCUGCUGCAGCCAAGGCCCCCAACUCCUCCGCCACAGCCGAGAAGGGAGGAUCAGGCAUAAUCAACAAUGUUUUCGAGGACAACAAUUCUCCACAGUUUUUAUCAUCGGUUCUUGUUGAUGUUCUGAAUCGGUUCCCUGUCGAGACUAGCACUAGCAGCCCUUGUGUAUUAAAUACUUUAACCAUUCUGAAUCCUGAUCCAGGCACUACAGAAUUUAAGCUUCAGCUUAGUGCUUCAGCUAUUCACGUAUUUCAAGCAUCCGACGUUGAGAAAACGGUUGUGAUUCCAGGAUUCAGUAGUCUCUUCAUUGUUGCUGUUCAGAAUGACCUGACUGCUUUAGCUGAUGCUACUAUGCCUCAACGAGUACCUGUAAAUACUGUGUUUCAAAGCAAACAGUGGUUCCUGUAUGACUUUGGCACUACAAAUGGAAGGAAAUGGAGGGUUGUCGUUGACAGAUGUAGAUACACAAUACAGCAGCUUGAUGAUCUACCGGUCCAUGCCAUUAAAUAUUUGGAUCUUGGGUCACGACUGACUUUUUCAUUCAGAGUAUCACCAGUUAAUGUAGCGUAUCCAGUAUUUCAGGUGCCGCUAAUGGAGGUAAUAGUGGGAAAGCCCAAUCUACUGGACAUAGACACAGAAGACUACUGGGAUGACACUGAUAGUUAUAUAAUGAAACUACAUGUUAGGAGCAUAUUUUCUGAGCAGGGUAAAACGUCCAUUUCCGUGAUCAUCACAAAAGCAUCUCUUGUUUGCGAUGUCACAACCAUUAUAUUAACACUGAAGAACUCCUGCUCGUAUCUUAAAGUAAUGCACUAUAUUCUGUCUGUUCAAAUCCCUGCUUCAGACUGGCUAUCACAUCUGCCCAAUGCCUCAAAACAUUUGAAGGUUUUACCGGUGAACUACAGGCCACCAUCUAGACUGGGAAUUGCUGUCCCACUUACAGAAAACUUUUACAAUGCUGAUCCUGGAAAGCCUAGAAUGAGAGAUUUUUUUCAGGGAUCAAAAACUUCUGGAACUUAUAAACAGUGUGCUAACAAGACAAGUCGAGCGAACUGUGAUUGUACAGAUGAUAAGAAGCUGUCAUUUUUUGUUGCCUUUUCAGACUGCAAGGAAAAGGCAAUCCGGAUGAAAUAUCCAAUCUCAAAACUUCCGCUCAGUUUUACUAUUGAGAGUGAGGAUGGAUCUGUAAAUUUGUCAUCUCCUUUCUUUGUCACAAUAACAGAAGUCAACAACAGAACAAACUGGGAGAUUUCAGCUACCAAUCAAACAUCAAGCUUGUUAAAAAUGAGGGCAUAUUUGGCUCAUCGACUCAGCACGACGCUGUACAAUCCAGAUGGUCUCACUCUAAGCAUAUAUGGAUCUGAGCUUUUCCAUUUUAGGGUAGCGACUAUUUCUGGAGUCUCCUUUUGUAGCUUAUUUGAUGAAUUUCAGAUUUAUGUUGACGAUGCUCCAUUGGCUUUCCCAGGACAGUAUCUUAUCAGUUCAAUUACAGCUGUACUAAUAGGUUUUAUUAGCUUUUUGACAUUUGUUCUGGAAGCAUAUGAAAUUCCAUUGUGGAGCACUUUGAAGAACAAAAUACGAAAAGCAAGCAAAGUAUCAAUAGUUUCUCUCGUUACACCUUCAACAACUUCAACUGAAACUAAUUAA